CGACUGUCACCGCUGGGACACAAACAGUUCACCUCCAGCCUCUCGGACAGCAUGAAACACACUCUUCUGACUGAAUGCAAGCUUUCAAUGUAAUAUAAUUAAAUAAUUAAAACACAUUACGUAUUUACAGCUGAAACAGAUGCUCCUCGUCUUCCUCUGCUGUUGGCGUGAGCUAGCUUAGCCUUUUAGCUUAGCGGUUAGCAGGACACCCACACACCGGCGCGUGCAGGAUUUAACUAAUCAGGAGCGGAAAUAUCCACCCGGAGCUGCACUGAAACUGACUCGGACUUAACUUGACAACUGUCAAUGCUCGGGUUGGGUCUAAACGCGGCUUUUGAACUGACACGUCACAAAACAGCAACAACAAGAAUCCUGAAAAACAAGGAAGUGAAUGAACUUUGCAGCUAGCUAGCACAAAGCGAGCCCCGCAGCUGCAUCGCUUCGUUGUGCUGCUCGCUUCUGCAGCGGAAAGAGGUCCUCGCAGCCUCCUCUCCCGUCCCGCAGUGCUGGUAUUGCUUGUUUGUGAAAGCAAGUCGAUAUACCCAUCGCUAUCUCACGAAGCCAGUCCGUUUGCGUGCUCUGCUACAACGUCUCUCCUAACAAUAACAACUUGGCUGAGAGUCAACACACGUUGCAGACAUGAUUCCCGAUAAAGUGCCGAAGGAAGACGUCUUCUACGCGUCUGAGGAGCUGAAAAAGAAGGCUCACAUCCCCAGCUUUGACAAAUACAAAGAGCUCUACUUGAAAUCCAUAGAGAGCCCGGAUGAGUUCUGGGGCGACAUUGCCAAAGAUUUUUUUUGGAAGACCAAACACACGGGUCAGUUCCUCGACUACAACUUUGAUGUGACAAAAGGAGAAAUAUUCAUCAAGUGUAUGGAAGGAGCUUCCACCAACAUCUGCUACAACGUCCUCGACCGCAACGUCCACGAGAGGAAGCUCGGCGAAACCGUGGCCUUCUACUGGGAAGGCAAUGAACCUGGUGAUGAGCUGACGGUGACCUACAGAGAGCUGCUGCAGAGGGUCUGCCAGUUUGCCAAUGUCUUGAAGUCUCAGGGAGUGAAGAAGGGCGACAGAGUGUCCAUCUACAUGCCGAUGGUGGUGGAGCUGGUGGUGGCCAUGUUGGCCUGUGUCCGCAUUGGUGCUGUUCACUCCAUCGUGUUUGCAGGUUUUUCUGCUGAGUCUCUGUGUGAGCGGAUCAUGGACUCUCAGUGUUCGUUGCUCAUCACAGCAGAUGGUUUCUAUCGAGGAGAUAAGCUGAUCAACCUGAAGCUUUUAGCUGAUGAAGCGCUGCAGAAAUGCAGAGACAAAGGUUUCUGUAUAGAGAGGUGUAUAAUGCUGAAACACCUGUCCAAAGAAGCAGAAGAGACUCCUCUGGGCUCUCAGUCUCCUCCCGCCAAACGGUCCUGCCCUGAUCUGCAGCAGGAGAAACAGACAGGGAGAGUAAAGAAAACACACCCUGUACCGCAGGUCCCAUGGAACCCCGAGGUGGACUUGUGUUGGCACACUCUGGUCCGGGGGGCUUCAGACGAGUGUGAACCAGAGUGGUGCAAUUCUGAAGAUCCUCUGUUCAUCCUCUACACUAGCGGCUCGACUGGUAAACCAAAGGGAGUUCUCCACACAGUCAGCGGCUACAUGCUCUACACUGCCACCACCUUCAAACUGGUGUUUGACCACCAGCCCGAUGACGUCUACUGGUGCACGGCAGACAUCGGUUGGAUCACCGGACACUCCUACAUCACCUACGGCCCGCUGGCUAACGGGGCCACCAGCGUCCUGUUCGAGGGCUUGCCUACCUACCCAGAUGUAAGCCGUAUGUGGGAGAUUGUGGACAAAUAUCAUGUGACCAAGUUCUACACAGCUCCGACAGCCAUCAGACUGCUGAUGAAGUACGGCAGAGAGCCGGUGCAGAAGUAUAAACGAGAGUCUCUGAAGAUUUUAGGGACGGUGGGAGAGCCCAUCAACGCUGAGGCCUGGCAUUGGUACUACUCUGUGGUGGGAGAGAAGAGAUGUCCUAUUGUUGACACCUUCUGGCAGACAGAAACUGGUGGACAUGUGUUGACUCCCCUACCUGCAGCAACACCCAUGAAACCUGGAUCUGCUACGCUCCCGUUCUUUGGAGUGGUGCCGGCCAUCCUGAAUGAGUCAGGAGAGGAGCUGGAGGGACCGAGUGAAGGAUACCUGGUUUUCAAACAGCCGUGGCCCGGAGUGAUGAGGACGGUGUACGGAAACCAGCAGAGGUUUGAAUCCACCUACUUCAAGAAGUUCCCUGGAUACUACGUCACCGGAGACGGUUGCCGUCGAGACGAGGAUGGGUACUACUGGAUAACGGGGCGGAUAGACGACAUGCUGAACGUCUCCGGACACUUACUGAGUACAGCGGAGGUGGAGUCGGCUCUGAUGGAGCACGAGUCCGUUGCAGAGGCUGCAGUUGUGGGCCGACCUCAUCCUGUGAAAGGAGAGAGCCUCUACUGCUUCGUAACUCUCACUGAUGGAGUGACGUACAACCGAACGCUGGAGGCAGAGCUAAAAAAACAAGUGCGGGAGAAGAUCGGUGCCAUCGCAACACCGGACUACAUCCAGAAUGCUCCUGGACUCCCCAAGACCAGAUCUGGUAAGAUCAUGCGACGGGUGCUCCGCAAAAUCGCCUGUGACGAACGGGACCUGGGCGACAUCUCCACGCUGGCCGACUCCUCCGUGGUCGAGCAGCUUUUCCAGAACAGGUGCCGCAUGGGCGUGUGACGGACUCCAGGAUCCUCGCAGCGAGGCUUUGACUGCAGCCGCAAACCAAACCAUGGGAAGAGGAGGAGGAGGAGGAGGAGGAGGAGGAAUCAUCAUCAUCCCAUGAACUUGGUCUGGUUCAACAAACAACCUUUAGCUCCUGAUGAGUUUGGCGGUGUGCAGCAGAGCCUGUAUUUACAAUGACCCCGCUGCCCUUUGAUGUAAGAAAGAUCCACAGCAGGGAGAGACACAACAUCUGUCUGCUUCCUGGUCGGUGUUUCCCAUUUCCAUAGAAGCAGUAAUACUUUUUGCAGCAGCAAACUAAUUGUAUUAAUAAGUACAUCAGUUUGUUGACUUGAAUGUGUUUCCAACCGAGUUAGGCAUUGGUGUGUCUGACAGGGAGAAGCCAGAGGUUGUUUUCUGCAGUCCAACUCCGUUGAAGAGAAAGAACAGGGUAACACUUCCUUUGGUUUGAUCCUAUUGUUGCAGCUAAUAAUACACAGAAAUAUGUGCUCCUCAACAGCUCAGUAAGCGUGUGAGUUCAGUAUGAGGCUGAUGUGACGUGCUGCCCGGAGCUUCUCUGUAUCGGCUGUCCUCUCCCCUCACUCGCUGCCAUGGACACUGAUUAUUACACUCAACAUUUUUACUACUUCUAAUAUUCUAAAAUACAUGUCGAUUUGUGUCCUUUUUCUCUUUUAAUCCAUCGGAAAUAUGACAUGAAUUCUUCAUGGCUGCUGUAAUGUUCUCUCUCUUUAUGUUUAAGUUUCUCUGAAAGUCUGGUUGAAACUGGGAAAGUGUGCCGAGCGUCACGUCGCUCAGGUCGGACCAUCGAUUCCAGACCAGCUGCAGCUCUCAUGUUUAAAAUAGGCAAAAGGGUUUCCUAAUAACUCCAAAACAAAACGGUUUUUCAUGAAAUCUUCUCAUAUUUAAAUUGACCGUUCAAAACAUGUAUCUGUCCUCUUGUGGACACGCUUCCCCAUGUUUCAUUGUUAAAUCAGACUUUCCUUUGAUUAUAAUAAGGUACCAAAGGCAAGCGCAAACUUCUGUCAUUAUGCAAGUAUGAUUUAAAUUUUGAAUAAUGGUCACCAAGAGUCUGGAUCAUGAUGCGGUACGAUUAUAAAAACACAACACACACAGAAGUUAGUUCAAUCAGAGCUACGGCUCAGUUAAGACAUCAUUGGUGUCUUAAUUCACUGCUUUCUUUUAUACAUUUACCUGUUUUGAAAGAGAUCACAUCACAAGAGUAUUUAAGCUAAAAAAGGAAGAAAGGAUAAGAAUGGUGGUAUUCUAUGUUUUAGGUAUUGUCUGUCAACAUAUUCCAUGAGAAGACCAAAACCAACAAUGUGUUUGCCUGUGUAUUAAUAUUUUCUCACUUCCUGUCUGACUCAGCUUCAAGCUCUAAUUGUUGGUUCUGAUCUUUUUUAUAGAAUUCAUUAACAAAAAGAAAAAUAUAUAUAUAAUACCUCUUGACUUCCUCCAUUUAGUUUUUUUUUAAAUUGAGGGAGGAAAAGUCUUCAUCUUUAACUUCAUUGUUGCUGUGCUCUGAGUCUGAAGGUUAAAGAAAGCUUUGGGGCUUGAAGGGUUUCUCCUCAAAGUUUACGCCGUAGAAGACAGCUGUGUUGAUGAGAAUACAUGAGCGCAAUGAACCAGAAGCUUUUCUCAAUUUUAAUGUGUUGCCAUCUGUGUUUCAACGUGCCAACAUAAGUAACGGUGUGGCUGGGUGUAUACAGAUAAUAAUUGUAUCUAAUGUUCAGGGAAAAAAGUGGAGCUGCUUAUUUGAUUCGAAGAUGUUUUUAUUUUUGCUUGUACAAUAACUGGUGAUGGGAGGAGAAUUUUGCUUUUUUUUUCUCUGUUCAUCUUCAGUUGUAUGUUAUAAUUUGUGUGUAUGCAAUGACAGUAAAUGGACACGACUACUGCCUCUCACCCUGUCACUGGCUGGUGCUUUCAGAGAACCGAUUUGAUUCGCCUUUAAAGUGUUCUUGCAGAAAUGUGUAAUCACUUAAAUCAUCUUCAAAUGUCA